AUGGCCAUCAGGAGGAUCCGAAGAAACCUAAACGCCACCAAAGACAACAAAGCUGGUUUGAUUGGAGAAAAAGGUUACAUUUGGUCAGAGAAAAGAUGUGUGGGAAGGCCCUCUGCCAUCUGGAACUGUGAGUGUGCAUCCAGGCAGCAGAGCUGCUGUUGCGCAGCUGCACAGAUGGACGAGCUUGAGGAGCAAAUGUUUUCUCGCCUCUUGAACAUCUUUAGUGCACUGUCAGAACUUAAGACGCACAUUGAGCAGAUCACAGCUUGUAGAGGAGUGGCAUUUACCGCGAGUUUGUCUCAGAUGUCUAGAUGUUUUGGCCCCUUUACUUGUGAUGUACCCAUUCCUUACAGCAAUACCACACUUAAUCAAGGCAAUGGAUACAACCCUGCUGUAGGUAUCUUCACGGCUCCUUGUGCGGGCAUCUUCUCCUUCAGCCUUACAGUGUACUCAAACAAAGGAUCUGAAGGACAGUGUUUGUACCAGCGGGUGGCAAUAGUGAGACAGGGCCGUUCUGAGGUCGCUAUGUGGGAGGACAACAGGGAGGAUUGUUCAAUCCUGUUCAGUCUCAGAGCUGGAGAGCAGGUAUACGCACAGCUCAUGUCUGGCAGAGAAAUCUGUGGGGACAUAUGAGGCUGAAACAUCUUUAGCGGAUACUUACUUUAUCCUACUGAGAGCUAA